UUGUAAAAAAAAAGGAAUUACAGCUUAAAUCAUGUCGGGAAUAACGCUCGUACUAAUAUGAUUAAUUAAAAGAAACCUAUAUAUCAUGUUUUUAUAAAAAUAAAAUUUAGUUUUAUGAGUUUUAUAAAUAUUAUGAAAAAACUGUCUCUUAAAAGAGCAACAAAACACGAAGUUAAAUUAAUAUCAGCAACUCCCGUCCAUAUAAACAAUAAUUCAGAACUUUCCAUGUAUCAGGCUAAUUCUGCAUUUGAUCCUAAUUCUAAAGUUCUGGUGCCAGCUCCUCCUAAAGAACUUCCUCCUCCAAAACCUAUCAUUUAUCAAGAUGAAAUAAAAGUGAAUACUAAAGAACUUCCAUCACCAAGUCGUCCAUGUGCCCCGUUGACAACCUUAAAAUUAGAAAACGAAGCUUAUAAUGCUCCACUACAUCUACCGUUAUUUAAGGAAGAAAAUGUUUCAACAGGUCUGCAUCCUGUUCGACCAGCACCUGAGGUUCCUGCUGUAGCCAAGGAAAAACAUGUGUACACUAGGUCAUUAACAUAUCCAAUAAAGGAAUUAAAAGACAGUACAAGUUCUACAUUAAAAAAAACCUACUCAGACAAGCAAAAAGACAUUACUGUCUAUGAAAAAGAUAUAAAUAUAGAGUUAGUUGAUCAAGUUGAGAUCAAAAAAAUCUUUCCUCCUCCAGUUAAACCAAAGCCAAUCAAAUGUUCUACAUCUAAUCAAGUCAAAAACAUUAUUGAUCAGCAAAAACCAGUAGCAUUUAUUGAUGCAGGUGAUGGUCUGCGUUCUUCAGACUCAGAAAGUCUAGGCAGUGAAAUAUUUCCAUAUGAAAUACCAUCUUCAUUACUUGAAGAAGAUGAUGGUCAAAAUUUCAGUAACUAUACAAAAGAUAAUGAUCAAGCUGACAGAAGUAAAAGUGAGUCAAUGAGCAGUUCAGAUGAACGAAAAAAGGCAAAUAAAGUUCGACCAUUAUCAAUGCCAUCAAAAAAAAGUGUUGAGAGUGGUAAAUAUAAAAAAAGUAAAUCAUCAAGUUUUAGGCGAAAACCUAAAUCUCCCCCUACUUCUCCAGCUCCUCCACCAAUUUCUACUAUAAAUAGUAUUUCAGGGGGCACACAGCAUGACAAUUUUGAAGUUUUUAUGGAGAUGCAAGACAAAGAUAUUGUUCUUGAUACUCCAAGUUCACAGUUGCAAACUCAGAAAAUGAAAAGUGAACUUUCUAUCAAUGGUCCAAGAUGUAUAAGUUUGCGUUCUAAUGAGAGCAAGUUAGAUUGUGACCUGACUUUUAAAAAGGGAGAUGUUAUAAAAAUUCUUUUUCAUGUCAAUAAUGACUGGCUAUAUGGUCAGCUUAAUGAAAUUAAUGGAUUUGUAUUUAAAGAACAUGUGAAGAUUGUAGAGGACCUUCCAAAAAUUCCAUCUGAUAUCCAUCCCGAAGUGAACCACAAGAGGAUGAUUGCUCGCUACAACUUCAAUGCUCGAAAUGAUAAAGAGUUAUCAUUAAAUGUAGGAGACAUUAUAAUAAACCAUAAAAAAGUUGCCCAAGGGUGGUUUUAUGGUGAAAGAGUAUCACAGAAAGGUUUCUUUCCUACUAGCUAUGUUGAUUUUAUUCAGUAGUUAUAUAUACUUAGUAUUAUUGUUUUUGAUAUCUCAUGUUUAUUUUA